UAUUCACUGUAUAAGCGUGAUUGUGCAGUAAUUGUAGUAGCUAAAGUAUUUGAUAUAUACUAUUAUAUUCGUUAUUUUUUCCAAAAAGUGUUAAUUAUUGUUAAAUAUGUUCGGUAGAUUGAUAAAUACACUCCAAAUUGGAAGACAAUGUACAAAUUUGUCCAUUUUAUCUUAUCGUCAUUUCGUUACCACAGUAUUUUUAAACCAAAUGAAUAAUAUUAAACCAAAGACAGGAAUCUUAAUGUUAAAUAUGGGUGGUCCUAGUAAAAUUGAAGAGGUGCAUGAAUAUUUAUUACGUAUAAUGACAGAUCGUGAUAUGAUUCAACUACCAUUUCAAAGUCGACUAGGACCUUGGAUAGCAAAGUCUCGUACACCUAAAGUACAAAAAAAAUAUGAAGAAAUUGGAGGUAAAUCUCCUAUUUUAGAAUGGACAAAUAAACAAGGCAAACUUUUGUGUGAAAAAUUGGAUAAAAUUUCACCAAAAACAGCACCUCAUAAACAUUAUGUUGCAUUCCGUUAUGCUAAUCCUCUUACUGAGAAUACACUUCAAAAGAUAGAAGAAGAUGGUGUUGAACAUACAAUAAUUUUUUCUCAAUAUCCACAAUAUUGUUGUGCUACAAGUGGAUCAAGUUUUAUUGAAAUAUAUAAGUAUUAUAAAAACAGACAAUUACCUUCUAACAUGAAAUGGAGUGUAAUAGAUAGAUGGGCAACGCAUCCAUUAUUCAUAGAGACAAUUACAGAAAGAAUUAAGGAAGAAUUAGUUCUAUUUCCCGACGAUAUAAGAAGCAAUGUUAUAAUUUUAUUUUCAGCUCAUUCGCUACCAUUGAAGGCUGUAUCUAGGGGGGAUGCUUAUGCAUCUGAAGUAGCAGGUACAGUUGCUUUAGUAAUGGAAAAGUUACGAUAUUGUAACCCAUACAAACUAGUAUGGCAAUCAAAGGUUGGCCCAGUAUCUUGGUUGGAACCUUUUACCGAUGAUGCCAUAAAAGCUUAUGUAAAGCAAGGGAAAAAACAUUUUAUAUUAGUACCAGUAGCAUUUGUUAACGAACAUAUUGAAACUCUUCAUGAAUUAGAUAUCGAAUAUUGUAAAGAAUUAGCAGAAGAACUCGGCAUUGAUAAAAUAAGGAGAACUGCUGCUCCUAAUGAUCAUCCUACAUUUAUAAAUGCUUUGGCAGAUAUUGUAGUUUCUCAUCUUAAAUCAAAUAAUUCUCUAAGUCCCAUGUUCUUGACACGUUGUCCUCAUUGUGUUAGUGGCAAUUGUGCAGAAAGCAAAAAGUGGUAUGCACAAAUAUGUAGAAAUUAAAACAAGGAUACACUGUAAAAAAUUUAUGCAUAUUAUUUAUUUACAACAGAUAGAUAUUUUUUAUAAUAUAAACGAAAAAUAUCUACUUUUGUGAUUCAUUUUGUAUGAUAUAACGUGUUUUAAAUAAAACAUUCUUAUU